UCUCCCAGUUGGAGUUGCGCGCGCGCGGGCAAUAUGGCGGACAGCAGCAGGAUUUGACUAAAUAGCAGCUUUGAGUUGGCAGAAAAUUUGCUGAGAGAUGGCUUCGUUUGUUACAGAAGUACUUGCAAGCUCGGGAAAAUUGGAAAAAGAUGACCUUGCUUCGAAAAUAUCCAAACUGUCGCGGAAAGUUGAAGAAACCAAGGAGGAGAUAUCUGAUAUGAUCAAUAAAAAAUACAGUGAGUUCUUACCGAGUAUGGAGUCAGCUGAGGAACUCAUGGAUCAGGUGGAAACUGUAUCCAAAGACAUUGAUCUCCUGAAAAGCUGUAUUGACAAUGAGGUGCAGAGGAACCUCCAUGAGGCUGUAACUGAAUAUGCCAAACUCAAGCAGCAGCUGGAGAAGAACACUGCGGUGAUAAACAUGCUCCAACAUCUACAAGAGUUUGACACAGCCAUGGUGGAAUAUCACAAAACCUUACAGCAGAAGAACUAUGAGACCGCAGCUGAACAACUCAGAAAAGCACGGGCCAACCUUGAAGCCUUGAAAGCUUGGAACACUUCAGAUCUGCCAUUACUUCGUGCUCUUAGCUCGGAGAUCACUGUACAGAGAGAGAACCUCAUCUACCACCUCGGAGAGGAGUGGAAGCAACUGGCAGUGUGGAAGCUACCUACCGGCAAAGAACUGACUGGAAUGCAGUCUUUCCUGACGACAGCACUUCAUUUAACUGGAGGAGAAUCUAAAGAGGAAAAAGACACGCCCAAUCCAUUUCUUUCCAGUGUGCUUCAGGCCCUUGCUAUUCAAGGAGAGCUGCACAAAAAGCUAAAACUAUUUGGUCAGGUGUUACUGAAGUACAUGCUAAAGCCUCUAAUCGUGUACCCAUCUCUAUUGCUGGAGGUGAGAGAGCACCUUGAGAUGGGCACGGUGUUGAGUCUACAGAGCAUUGAGAACCAAGCAGAGCGCCCUACUCCUGCAGAUGUGUAUACCAAAAUCAUUUUAGUGCUCAAGACCCUGCACAAACAUCUGUUCGAUACAGCUGUUGGUGAAAAGAAAGUGUCUGCUAUAUUGGGAGACCAGAUCUGGGAGGAGCUGUCAGACUGUAUCAUUCGAGAAUGCUUAUUGUAUUCCAUCCCGACUAACAGCAGUCAGCUUGCAGCUUAUGAUACGGUUAUCAAAGAAACUGAGGAUUUUGAAAGUCAGUUGAAGGAAAUGGGCUACCUGCCUGGAGACUCCACAGAUCUCUUGAAGUAUGCCAGAAAUGUCAACUGUCAUUUUGCUAGCAAAAAAUGCCAAGAUGUCAUAGUAGCUGCCCGGAAACUAAUGACCUCAGAGAUGCAUAAGACAGUUAAAAUCUCUCCAGACUACAAGCUCAGCCUCCCUAAGCUGCCAAGUCAUGGUGGAGGGAGCAAAGAGAAGCACGAGGGAAAGAAGAGUGGCCAGUGUGAUCAGCAGGUCCUGGAGAAUGAGAAGCAGCUGGGCCAGCACACACUGUGCCUGCCUGUGUGCUGCAUCAGUGAGUCAGUGCAACAGCUGAUGGAGCUGGCUAUAAAAACCCUGUCCGAGGCGGUCGGCAGCUCCCCCCAGUGUGCAGUCCAGCUCUUCUAUACCACCCGAAAUAUUUUUCACUUGUUCUACGAUGUGGUCCCAACAUACCACAAGGAUAACCUGCUUAAGUUUCCUCACUUAGCCGCCAUCCAGCACAACAACUGCAUGUUUCUUGCCCACCAUCUGCUGACGCUGGGUCAUCAGUUCAGACCACAUCUUCCUUUGAAAGACGGUGUGGCCAAUUUCGUGGACUUGGUCCCAGGCUUUAGAAAGCUGGGUGCUCAGUGUUUUGUGGCACAGAUGAACGUUCAGAAAGCAGAAAUGUUGGAGAGGCUGUCCACUGCUAGAAACUUCUCCAAUUUGGAUGAUGAAGACAAUUGCACUGCAGCCAGCAAGGCAGUCAGACAAGUGAUUCACCAACUAAAGCGACUGGGGAAAGUCUGGCAAGAUGUCCUCCCAGUGAACAUAUACUGCAAAUCCAUGGGAACACUUCUGAAUACAGCGAUUUCUGAACUGAUUACCAAAAUCAUGAUGUUGGAGGACAUCUCAACUGAAGACGGAGAGCGUCUGCACACGCUCUGCCAGACCAUCAUAGAGGAAGGACCGCUAGUCUUCACACCAUUCUCAGAGGAGUCCAAGAACAAGAAAUACCAAGAGGAAGUGCCAGUCUAUGUGAAGAAGUGGAUGACCUUUAAAGAGCUGUCCAUAGUGCUGCAGGCCAGUCUGCAAGAGAUUGUGGACAGGUGGGCAGAGGGUAAAGGGCCUCUCGCACAGGAGUUCUGCAGUAAUGAAAUGAAGAGUCUAAUUCGAGCUCUGUUCCAAAACACAAACAGACGAGCUGUAGCCCUCACAAAAAUUAAAUAAUGACUCAAAUUGCCAGUGCACUUAAUAACCGGACGACAGUGCGACACAGCUGCUCUUCCUUCUUUAAUUUUUUUUCUCCCCCCUCCUUGUAUUUUUCUAUUGCGCUGUAACAUAAAAUAAAUGCAUUUUCAAGCAA